AUUAUAUAUAACUGUGGUGUUCUACAAAACAUUUAGGCUACCUUUAAAACUUGUGAAAUUAGAUCACUUAGAUGUGAAAUCCGUUUUCUCUCAAGAGCGUCGCCAGUGAAAGCUUCACAGUACUUCUACGUCACUCUUGUCAACGUAGUCCAUAACAACAAAAACGUAUCUACUUAGUGGUUAUUUUUGGGGAAAACAGCUGGGGGGUGUUUUACCCCAAGGGGGCGUUUUCCCUCACUCUACCCUACUCAAAAUAAAUAAAAAUAAAACGGACACAUUUUUGAACUGUUGAAAUUGACCAAACACUGAGCACAAUUUAACUAAGUCAUUGGACUAUAUCCAGGGGUCGUUUACUUUUUGUUUAACAAUGAAAAAAUACAUUCAUCAUAUUUUCACAAAAACUCUGCCAUGUGGGCGAUAAAAUUAAUCACCGGGCAUUUAGCUGUCAGUUCAGCCAUUUAUGCAAAUAGAGCUUUUUCAACAGGCGAAGCGUCAUCAGACGUUGCAGAGCUGGUUUGAUUAAACGCCUCUCGCGUGUAUUGUGGCAGCGCUUUCACUGUGCUGUAUUCACUGCUGUGAGAUGAACGCCCAGCUGAUCGCGUUGAAUGCGCGCUAAUUAAAACCUAUAAAUUAUGUUUCUGCGCGAGUUCUUAAGGCGGGAGAGAUAGCGGACUAUUCAGCCAUUAUAACCGCCUAACCGACGCCGCCUCUUCAGAAUGAGCAGUAAUAUUGUCCUAAUUAGAAAUUAAUUAAGUGCAAACGCGAUAAGUGUUUCAGGGACUCAAAUAUUGCGAGCGAGGCUAUAUAUUCCAAUCUGACUUUCAGUUGUCCUGAAUGAGGUCUAAAUUAAAUGUAUUAUUUUUUUAUCACUUACGAAAAUUAACCAGUUACUUAUAUAUAGCAAAAAUGUAGUAGGCUAGCCAUGUUUUGUUGUUGUUGUUGUUGUUUGUUUGUUUGUUUGUUUUUUACCACAGUUUAUUAUGUAUGUAUAACCAUAGUUAUACUAGUACAAAUAGCACCAUGGUUAAACUAAAAUGGUUAAUUUGUGGUUAACUAGCCAUGGCUUUUUUGUUUUAUUUGUAGUAAAACCAUGGUUAAUUUAGGCUAUAGUAUUAGGUUAUUGUUUUAGUUCUUUGUUAGCCUAUUAUCAAUUUAUAGGCUAUUUAAAUCAAAGCAUAUAGGAGACUCUUUUCAAGCUAAUUUGGCUUUGGCUUUAAAAGUAGCUAAAGCAGACUUAAGUAUUUUUGUUGUAGGCUAUAUGUCGUGGUUUAAAAUUUAGUUGUUGUUUUUUGUGAUUUUAUAAUCAAAUGUAAAAAUGUAUGCCACAUCCUUAUAGGUAGCCUACUGUCUUGUUAUUCUCAAAGUCUGUAAAUGGCUAAAGAUAUUUGAAGACUUGUUUUCCAUUUUGAUUCUCUCCUCUGUCUCACUGGGUGAAUUUGAGCGCGACAGCAGGCAGAAGUUAGCGCGAUCUCUGUGCCGUGUUUGAUAUCUACAAGCACAGGCGCGGAACGGAAUUGGACGCGGACACACGUGGCGUUGAGCUUCUUUGUCACGGAUAGGCUCCCCACUCAUCUAUAUGAUCUGAUGUGUUUCCGGUUAGUGGCCACUAAGAGUGGUUGUGCAUGAGUAGAGUUCCAGAGAAAAAGAGGUGUCAAACUCGGGUCUGGCAAUGCAGAGGGUGUACGAACGCUGCGCUGUCAGUCCUCUCAAAACACGCUUAAAGUGACAGACAACACGCGAGCGUUAUGUCAACAAGUUGACUUACAAAAUGUACUCAGUUUCGCGGGGAAUUAGCGCUUUGACAUGGAUACCUAGAUAACAUUGUCCUGUCUCUUGGUGUAUUUGGAAAACAACCGGUUACAAUCCAACCGCUGGAGCGAAUAUCAGCUGUUAUGGAAGAGCAGCGGGACCAGAGUGAAGAUGACACCGUUUCUCUGCCCUCUCCGCCGGCUGCGCACCACACGCACAGAACCACAAACUUUUUCAUUGACAACAUCCUCAGACCGGACUUCGGCUGCAGAAGGGAGCGGGGUGCAGGCGCGCACGCGUCGGACAGGGGAGUGCGGGGUAUUGCUGUGCGCCGCGCGCCUUGCCCGGAUUCCAACUGCAGCAGCGACAGUGUUUCAUCAUCAGCCUCCUCCACCGUUUCGUCUCCAGUAAGCAGUAGGCAUUCCAGGGUAGACGAGGCCGAUAGAGGGAACGCAGCGAAAUUUGGGCUUGUCUCAGUGUCAUCUGUUACUUUGAACAGCCCAGGUGAAACCUCCUCGCCCAGUAAAGACACCCUGUGGCCCGCCUGGGUUUAUUGCACGAGAUACUCUGAUCGGCCUUCAUCUGUCUCCACACAAGGCCCAAGGACCCGGAAAUUGAAAAAGAAGAAAAACGACAGUGAGGAUAAACGACCCAGAACGGCGUUCACAGCUGAGCAGCUCCAGAGACUGAAGGCUGAGUUCGGGGCGAGCCGCUAUAUCACGGAGCAGAGGCGGCAGGCCCUGGCGCGAGAGCUCAGCCUCAAUGAGUCGCAGAUUAAAAUCUGGUUCCAGAACAAACGCGCUAAAAUCAAGAAGGCCAGCGGAUACAAGAACGGCCUGGCGAUGCAGCUAAUGGCGCAGGGACUGUACAACCAUUCCACCACCACCGUUCAAGAAGAGGACGGCAACUAGCAAAGACUGAGAGAAAAGGGUCGACCGAGUGAAGUGAAGCAAAACUAAAUUACUUGACCAGACGUUACAAAGGGAGAUUAUUAUCAACCUUUUUGGACGAGAGUUUUUUUUUUUUUUUUUUUUUUUUUUUUUGUUGUUGUUUUUACAAUAUCUACAAACAUAUGUGGAAUUAAUGAAAACGUAGCGCUCAUUUUUAUUUUGAGGAUACAAUUCAAAUCCAGAUGGAUCGCGUUUUGUUGUUCGAAAUUUUCACGUGCCACUAUCGGUCAAAUGGCACUUAACAUUUAAUCUAAAUUCUUGUUUUUAUGCUGUUAAACGCAAUAUUUCUUCGUGCCAAAGAUGUUAUUCGAUUAAUGUAUCCGGAUUACAGUACAGGCUACAUUUUUUUGAAUAUUUGUCUUUGCUGAUGGGACUUGGGAUAAUGGGAGACUUAUCUGAUAUCAGAUAUUAUUCUUUACAAGAUAUUUAAUACUGUAUCCAAAUAAAAACAUUUUGUACCUGCAAAA